AUGGCAGCCGCCGCGAGCAAUGGGAAUCGGCCAAUUCAUUGCUCCCUCUCCUCCUCUCCUCUUCCUCCCCCCUCUCCGCUCCACCCCCCUCCUUCCGCUUCCCCCUCCAUUUCCUCCCUUCCCCUCCUUCUUCCCCCCUUCACUCCGCUUCCCCACCCGCCCUUCCCCCGUUGCCAACCUCCCAGAGCUUCCCCCGACAUGGCGGCAGCGCGCGCAGAGGCGCUGCUGCCGCGCGAGCGGAGCGAGUGUAACCUGCAGGGCGGGCACGAGCAGCACCUGCACCACCACCACCACGGCUUCGGCGACAAAACCAUCACGUUCUGGGGGUCUUGCGUGCUCAACUUCAAUAAUAUUACGGGACCAGCGGUCGUAGUUCUCCCGUUGCUAUACGCACAAGCGGGAUGGUUUUUACCAACCGCCGGGCUCACGCUCAUGUGGCUGUUUUCGUCGUUUGCGGCCACGAUGAUGUGCGAAGCGCAGCAGCGAAUUCCGGGCAACAAGGGUUUCGCCAGGCGGUUUGAGUACUGCACGCUCGUGCGGCAUUACUUCGGCGAUCGGUGGUACGCGCUCGCGCAGAUUGGGUUCAACGCGGGGCUGCUCGCUUCGAACAUCGCGUCCAUGAUUGUUACAUCGCAGGUCCUAGACUCGGUGGUGUAUCGGCUAGCUGGCACAUCGUAUGGCAUGGACUAUGGGCAGUGGCCGCCCGCGUUUAUCGAGUCCCUUGCAACGGGAGGGGCGGGAGGGAAUGUGUGCGCAUGGGGGACCACCAGCAGCGGUGACUGCAACCGAUCGGUGAUCUCCCUGGGAUUUGUCCUGGCGAUGGCAGUCUGCAUCCCAUUCGCUCGCCUCAACCUAGACGACAACAUGGGCUUCCAAUUUGUCCUGGCAAUGGCAGUCUGCAUCCCAUUUGCUCGCCUAAACCUAGACGACAACAUGGGCUUCCAGUGGCUCUCCAUGCUCGCCCAGCUGCUCUUCUCCUUUGAGUUUGCCGCCCAGUUCCUCUCCAACCUCCUCCCCGGCUCCCCCAACUACUGCGCCGGGAAUGGGCCUGGCAGAACACCCUUUCUCGGACUCGAUAUAAGUCAGGUGCUAGGGGUGUGUGUGUUUGCAUACUCCUACGUCAGCACCAUCCCCUCGUGGGCCAAUGAGAAGAAGCCAGGUGUCAACGUCAACAGAGCCAUCUGGCUGCCUGCUUCCGUUGGCUGUGCCCUCAACAUCCUACUUGGCCUCCUAGGCGCGUGGGCGUACAAGCUAGUGGACGACGCAGGCCACCCGUUCAAGGGCACAGACAACAUGCUCAACAUGCUGGACGGGCAGGCCGAUGCUGCCACUGCAUGCGGCCACCCCCAUGUGGCCCCAGCAACAGAGUUCUCGGUGUACAUGUGGGGCUUCUUUGGCUACAUCCCGGGAAUUCCCAUUCUGGCCAUCAUGGUGCGCUACAACCUGCAGGCCUCGGGUCUCUUCUCCGACUCAGCUGCCUUCUUCUGGGCGGUUGUCGCGCCCUGGCUGCUCACUGCAUUUUUCUACCAAGCUCAGGUGCUGGUCCAGUUCUGCAACUGGGUGGCCAUCAUAUGCCAGGGAUUCAUCAACCUCGUCGUCCCAACUCUCCUCUUCCGGGCCGCCCUCAUCACCUACCCCACCCCCGAAGAGCUCGAGUCCCGGGGCUACCUCCUCGUCUCCUCCUCCCCUCCCUCCUCCACACCCCUCACCACCACUCCCCCUGCCUCCACACCACUCCGAAGCUCCUCCAGCGCUGAUAGAAGCCUGGUAGGACUGAUUCAGAAUGUGAUUGCUGCGCUUUCUCCCAAGCACUCACCAAGUUCGUCUGAAGGAGGAGCGGGAGUUAUGGAGAGUGAUAUGGAAGGGGCCGGUGCUUAUAAGCAGAUGCCGGAUGGUGCAGGAGGGGAGGUGGGGCGGGGGGGGGAUGUGAUUGUAGAGGGGGCUCGCGUGGUGGUGGAUUCAGAGAGUCAGAAGGUGGUGCUCGAGCCACCUGUGCAAGCAGUGCCUACGUGGCUGCGUGUGGACCCCUUGGUGUUCGCCAGCGCGAUGACGUGGACGACAGGGCUGCUGGUAGCUGUCAGCAUCGCCAUCACUCUCCUCUCCCCUUAA